AUGUUCCACACUGCGCAGUGGGGCAGGAUGCUCUGUGCUUCACGUGUCUGGCCAGACUUUGGGGGACCCUGGGUCUUGGGGAUCAUGGGGAUCCUGACUUUGGUGCUUUGUAGCUGCUCAGGACAGACAGCUUCCCUGCCUUGGGCCCUGCCACCCGCUUCCAGCUGGGAACACCAAGGGGGCUUUGUCUUCAUCCACAUGGAGAGCAGCCUGUACUCACUGCCCUGCAGCCCUAUUGAAAUGGAGGUGGCUGAUCCCACCUACCGCUGGGGACAGGACAGGACAGUUCCCAGGUUGCUCUUAGUCGCCAAAGAGGGACAUCUCCUCUUCCAACACUUCCAAGCAGCCGAUAGUGGGAAGUACUCGUGCACCAUCUCCUACACAAAGCGCAGGAUCCCUGUGUCCCAAAUGUUUCACUACAGCAUCCUUGGGUACCAUGUGCCCGGAGGCCUGGACACUGUGCUGCUCUUCCACAGCAAGUUCUGUGAGGAUGAGUGGACCCAAAGGUUCCUGCAUGAUCUACAGGAGAAGCUGAGGCAGCUAGAGAUCGAGCAGCACUGCAAACUCCAGCUCAAUGCCACUUUCUGCUUCCCGUCACUCAACAGCCCUUCUGAUGAAUUCAUUGUCCAAGUACAGCUAGAAGUGUCCCCCUUUGGGCCCAACUGGGAUGAACACUGCAACUCCCAGGACUUGCAGACGGUCACAGACUGCUACCGCAAAACAGUCCGGCACAACCUCAGGCAGGUCCAGCUCGCCCUUACCAGGUUCUUCAAGGAGCACAAGUCCUUCCUCAUCUCUAGGCCUGGUAUCCCCAGCAUCAAGUUCACCAAUGAGUUUGUCGGCUUCUUAAGGACUGAGCAGUGCAGCGCAGGCUAUGGGCAGACCAAGCAGCUCCAAAGAUGUCUUGACUGUUGCAUUGUAUGCCCACCAGGGAUGUUCAGCCCUCCGAAGAGCAGCCAAUGCUCCCUAUGUCCUGUUGGGACCUACAGCAUGACCCACGGGGUGGCAUUUUGCACUCCCUGCAAGGAUGGCAUGACCACCAGAACACCAGGCACUAGCUCCAUAAAAGACUGUGUCAAGAAGCGAAGGACCAAGCAUGCUAUCUCCAUCGUGCACAAGAUGCCAGCCCUGCUUCUUAUCGUCUUGCCAGCAUUACUAAUCCUCAAUGUUCUCUUCAUCCUAAGCUCUUGUUACUGGUUCUAUCGAGAUUACCAUUUGCCAUCUCUAAGGGCUUCCAAGACGAAAGGAAACACCAUGAGGAUGGAGAAGAUGAGCCAUUUCUUCAGGAUCCCCAAGCAGGGCCCCCAGGCUCUCGCUGAUGCCGGACCUGCCAGUGGCACCAGCGCAUCUCAGGGGGGUGACAAGGAGCAGACAGAUGGAGCACCAUCCCCUGCCACGGCCUUGAACCUGGUUGGUGUGACUGAUGAGAUGACUCCUGUGCUGGCACCAGAGAAAAGAAGGAGCACUUUCUGA